CAGCAAAAUUCUUAUCAUUGUAUGUUUGAAGUUUCGCGUGAUUCUUUGUGUCGCACUGGCUAAGCUCCAAUCGCUCGUAAAUCUUUGUGAAAACCAUGUUACCGUUGGCGGGAAAUGGGAAAAAUCGGUAGUGCCAGGCAGUGCAAGGAAAGUGGAAUUAUACUAAACUCCGAAUUCCAACAGCGCGUCGUCUAGGUCCACUGGAUGUUUUCCGAUGUAAACUUUAAUGAUACUGCAUUUCUGUGAAAAUAAACCUUAGUGCCAUUGUGCUACGGUACACUUUUUGGAAGUGUGUUCCCUUGUGAGGUGCACUGCUUUCAUCCUCCAUCGCAGCAGUACGGUGAAUCGUGUGUUCUUUGUUUACGUUUGGUUCGACACAGAGCAGGUGCGUUCGAGAGCCAUACGAAUUCUGUAGUUCCUUCGAAUUCUCGUGAACCGGAAGUGUUGUGAAGGAUUUCCGUUUGAACUGUUGCGUAGUAGAAAUAUCAACCAACCCGUAACACACACACAGCACCCCUCUUUUUCGCUCUAACCCUCUCUGACACUCUCACACGGAGCUUCAAAACCCAGAGAAGCAGCAGCCUCUUGACCAGCCAAGGUCACGAAACGACCGUGCUGAGCAGCUUUUAUGUUUACGUUCUCCAAUCGCCGUACCGCGACGUCAUUCGUAGGGAGGAAGGAGUAGUUCGCUUCGAGAGUGGUGGCUUUUCUGUGUGAAUUUUCUGAGAAAGUUUCAAUCGCAGCCUAUAUACUGUCGUCGUAGGUUAAAUGUUCACGUAGUGGUAGGAAAAUUCAAGGCCAUACAGGGGAAGGGUUCCGGUGUCCGGAAAACAGGGGACACCUGGCCAGCACGAAGUCCCUAGGAAACGAAAGGCUUUGGAAGAAAGCUGACAAAUUACACCAAGCUAAGCAAUCAACGCCUUCCCUGGCGGAGUGAAUGUUGUUGGUGCCGUUGAAGUGGAGUGAAACCGGAGCCUGCUCGGACCAGCAAACAUGAUGCAAGCGGAGGAUAGCGACAGUCUUUCGUGGAUCAGCGAUAAGCAUCCGACGGUCGGUAGCUCCAUCGUGUCCCAUCCACCGGAUAUCGUGUCCGGGCCGUUCACAUCGCUCACGCUCGACUGCGAUGACAUAGACGACCGCCGAUCGCCAAUGAAUGGCCCGACCGAUGGCAAGAAGGAGCGCAGCUUCCUGCUCAUGGACGAGCAGGAGCGCGUGUGCGUCAAGUCGGCCGACCAAUUCUGCCGCCGGCUGUCCGUAUCGCCCGACACCAAGCUGAAGGUGGUUUCGAUCUUUGGCAACACGGGCGAUGGCAAGUCGCACACCAUGAAUCACGCACUGUUCGGCGGCCGGGAUGUGUUCCGCACUUCGGCCGAGCAGGCCUCGUGCACCAUGGGCAUCUGGGCGGCGUUCCAGCGUCAGAAGAACGUACUCUGCCUCGACACGGAGGGCCUGCUCGGUGAGACGAUCAAUGAAAAUCGUCAAAUGCGAAUGCUGCUGAAGGUACUGGCCGUGUCCGACAUCAUCAUCUAUAGGACGCGCGCCGAGCGAUUGCGCACCGACAUGUACAAGUUCCUCGGUACCGCUUCCAAAGCAUUCACAAAAUACUUUGCCGGUGCGCUGCAGGCACUCGACCUGCCGGGCCCACCGCAAGCACUCGGGCCGGCUGUCAUUAUCUUCCACGAGACGCACAAUACGGAGGUGCUCAAAGAGGACGACGACGGCAAGAAGGAGGAAGAUAUUUUGCGCGAGCGUUUCGGCAAACUCAAGCUGGAGCUCAGCGCGUUCAGUUCCCUCCGGUAUGUGGGUGUACGGACGUCGAAACCACCCACCAACUACGAGCCACUGCGGAUGGUUUGGGAGAAAGAGAUCCGCAAUACGGCCGUCCGGUCACCGCGGCUCCCGCGCGUCGUGUUCGAGGCGCUGAUGGCGCUGAACAAUAAGUUCAAUGGUGACCUUAGCCCACUGCCCUUCCAUGCUUUUCCGGAGCAGUACUUUACCUGUACGUCGGUGUGCAAGUCGUGCGACGCGCGCUGCCAGCUGUCGAUGGGUCAUCUCGAGCUGCGGGAGGACCACCGGUCGACGGGCUGCUGCAAGUACCAGCAUCAGCACGAGAACAAGGUGUACCUGUGCAAUCGGUGCCACGUGAACGGCCGCCAGGUGGUGGUCAGCAUGCAGACACAGAAAUCGACCGAUUCGUCCUGGAUGGGGCUUGCCAUGUACGCCUGGAGUGGGUACGUCAUCGAGUGUCCGAACUGUGGCGAGAUUUAUCGUUCCCGGCAGCAUUGGUACGGAAACCAAUCGCCGGAACAGAACGCCGUCCGCACCGAAAUUGUGCACGUUUGGAACGAUGGCGGUUUGCAGCAGCAGGGCCCGAAGCAUUCCGCUCAGCUCGUCCUCGACGGGGUGGCCUACAUCACCGAUGCGAUGGCCAGUGUCGGUUCGCAGCCGACGAAGCUGGUCAAAUCGUGGGUUACGGACAAAAUACGGCCAGCGUACUGGCGUCCGGACAGUGAGAUUAUUCACUGCAAAGGAUGCAUCAGCAACUUUGAGCGCCUCGGGCUAAAGAAGCACCACUGCCGGAGCUGUGGGGAAGGAUUCUGUAGCUUUUGCUCGAAACACGAGAUGCCCGUCCCGAGCCGUGGUUGGAACUACCCGGUGCGGGUGUGUAAUAGCUGCUGGAACGACGGGCGUAACGGUGGAAGCGUCGGAGGAGCUGCCCAUGAUGGGACGGCGGGGUCCAACGGAAAUGAUCCAGAAGAUUUGCAGCGGCGGCACCAGAAUGGAGGCGAUGGCGUGGACGAAGCGAACAACAUUCUCGUGCGACGGUACGGUGAGGUGGUUAUUAACACGAUCAGCAAUAUUGGAGCCGUGUUGGAGUAUCCAAAAGAUUUCAUCAAGGAAUCAGCACGCCCUUCGUACUGGGUGCCGGAUGCCGAAGCGCUGAACUGUUUCAUCUGCGAGCUGGAGUUUGGAUCACCGGAGGAGCUCAACACGGUCUACCCGCUCGGUAAAGUGGAUGCGGGUUGGGGUCCCGUUAGCAGCGGGUCAUCCGGAGGAAGCAACAAGCGCACAUCACACUCCCCACCUUCGUCAUCCUCGUCCCCUGCACCAUCCCCUGCUAGACGCAACGAAAAUGGGACCAACGAUUCGCGCCGUCAGCAACAGCAGCUGCCAACGUCGUCAUCCACCACCGGAGGCGUCUCCCCGGCCAGUCACCACACAGUCUCGAUGGCCACCCCAGUGCCAUCAUCCGCACGCUCCACUUCGUCGGCCUCCGCGUAUCGAACGAUCGAUCGGCGAAGGCACCACUGCCGGGCGUGUGGGAAUGCCGUUUGUGCGAGCUGCUCGCAGAAUCGCCGACCUGUCCCGAAGCGCGGUUGGCUGAGCGAUGUCCGUGUGUGCAACGGUUGCUUCACGACGGAAGAUUAAACGCGCAAACCUGUGUCGAUGAAUGCGAUGCCACCCGUAUAAAAGUGUUUCCCAUGUAUCCCUCGCUCAUCGAUACUGCCCUCUCCUCUCCACCGCAAUUGGACUGGUUGAGGUACCAUCAUCAUGCCCAUUUUCAUUACCUAAAACCGCGAAAACACUACAAAACCCAAUUUCAACGAAUUUGUUGACCUGACCGACGACCGAUGUCUCGUCACGUCAACAUUAUUCGGAUGUAUCGUGUUUUUUUUUUUUGGCCUACGGGAGACAAUUCGCAGCCAUUGCGAAGCAACACUAUGUCAACCGUUGGAACCGUUGAAAAAAGUACAGAAAAAAAAUGUGAUUAAAUUUUAUAUUACUCUUGUUUGCCUUAGCCCGUAACUUCUAUACCUAAGAGAGUUGGAUUCGUGCCGGCUGAAAUGUGAAUGCGAUAAACGUGUGAAGACUAGUAUUUUUUCUCUUGUGUUUCAUAAAACGAAAUAAUAAUAGUACCUAGGUUUAGAUAAGCCGUUUAUAGUUUUUUUUUUUGUUUUUUUCCUUUCUUUAUAGAUUUUUUUUAAAUGAAACUUUUUGUGUUUCACUGCGAGACACAAACAAAACAAAAUGCCACUAAACAAACAAGCGAUCCGCCGAUCUAUAGUUGAAUUUCCAAUGAUACCGCGAACCGUUGUCAGCAGCCUGUGUUACCUCCCCCAUUCGAUGGACGCUAAAAGCAUCCCGUCCCAAACACUUCGAUUAGUAAAUGGGAAAAGUGUAUGUAAGGUAAACGUUAAAUUAUCCUACACUGUUCGUCCGUAUGUUGCACUGCCUGGCUGACGAAAAAUAAAAUAAAAGAUAAAAAAACAUACAGGCACAUACUGCAAGAACAAGAUUAGAUCUUUAGCAUUUGAGCACGCGAUUGGCCGCCGCAGGGAGAUAUCUGCAAAGGAACAGAUAUCUAACGAGCCGAACAUAUGGCAAAAGGAAAAGAUAAUUAAUACAAUGUGCGAUAUUCGUAGUUAAUGUAAUGGGACGUAAUUGUAGCCGGUGGGUAUUGUGUUGUUUAAAUACAGCAAAAAAGUACACAAAUAUAUAUCUAUAUAUUUCGAUAACUUCA